GCUGGAUGCUGUUGAUUGGAGGGUAACGCGCUCUAAUCCCAGCUGGAUUACUAUGACUAUGCAAUGAGAAAAGAUCGCAAAGCGAGUUCGUAAGCUUAUCAAUGAGCUAGCGUGCGCCGUUGCCUUGGUGACAGGACGCUUAGCUGCUGCUACAUGAGAGCUCGUGAACAUGCCACCAAAAGAAAGACAGUCUGCUAAGAAAGGAGGACGGAUCAGCAAGGCAGAGAAAGAGAGACUGCAGAGAGAAGCAGAGGAGCAGAAACAGAGAGAGAUAGAAGAAGCUCGUCUCAUUGCUGAACGCGAGGAACAGGAAAGGCUGGAAAGAGAGCGAAUCGAGCACGAGAAACAAGAGCUACUUGAGUUAAAGGACAGGGGACGCAGAGAAGACGAGUUAAAUGAACUACGCCAUAUUUUAGAUGAGAAUCACACUGCAGUCAUCUCAUGGGAAUCUGAAUGCACGGAGAAAGCGAAGUGGGAUCGCUAUAUGCGCUGUGAUGGCAGUCCAGAUCCAUCAGUGCAAACAGAAAUCAACUCCUUUAUCACUUUAUGGAGAGAAGACUCAGAAACUCAAAUCCCGCAGGUCUUGGAGAAAUGUGCUCUGGCUCUUCAGCUAACAGACGAACUGGACUUUCUUUUGAGUGACAGUCCAGAGCCCUGUGCUGCUCAGCAGUAUCGAGAAACACUUCUGACUUUACAGAAACUCAUCCACCGUAAACUGGAUAAGGCCACAGAGGAGAUUCUGAAGUGCGCAAAAUCUCAUAUUGACAUUGAAACCGGCAACAUGCAGACUGUUGUCCAGGAUGUAAACAUCACUCUCUGUCUGUGGGCAAACUUCAUCAAAAAAUUAAGAAACAAAGGUGUUCAGUUCCAUGAGGCGGGUCUGGGCUUUGAGCUGCCGAAGCCACUGGCCGUGAGUGGCAUCGCCGUCCGGAUCCUUCACACACGGUAUGACCACCUGUCCCACUAUAGUGAGCGAGAACAAAUUCAGAAUAAGAAGUCAAUGAUGAGGGGAGCUGGGACAGCUCCGAUCGAAAUCCCUAUAGCAGAACAGGUCGACAACAUAGAGGAAGAUGAAGCAGCAAACCCAAAGCAGGUGGAGGAGGAACAGAAAUCGGUCAGACCGGAGAGCAGGAAGAGUGCUGCGAGUGUGAACUCGUAUAAGGAGGGAAGAAAGAGCUCUUCAAUAAAGCUGUUAGGAGGAGAAAGUGGUCAGACGGAGACCACGGCAGAGGAACUCACCACAGCAGUUGCAGCUGAUCAAAAUGGCUCCACCCCAUCACCACCCAAACCUGUGAUUGACAACUCUGAAGUGCAUAUAGUGGACCUGCAGCAAUACACACCCCUGGGCGGAGUCUUCUACUUUGAUGUUUUCCAAAUACCACCCCAGUCUCAUAUAGUGAAGGGUUGGGAAAUGAGAGAGUUGUUGGAGACGGGUCUCCAGAUCUUCCCUUACCCAGAGCUGUCUCGUGUUCAAAGUUCUACCUCGGUUAGGCUGGAUGAAAACGGUGCCGUUGCCUUCCUACCGGUAGGGGUCACUGUAACGCUACCUGACUCGCUAAUGUUCCUGGAGGAGCCUCAGGUGGCACGUUGGGAUCCUAUCGGUCAACACUGGAGAACAGAUUGCAUCUCCGAGACGUUUUAUGACGCAGAGGCCCGCAGCAUCUCCUUUCAGAUGAACGCAUUCUACACCUUCACGUUACUGCAGGAGUCUUACGCUAACAUGCCGUUUCAGUCAUGGGAACUGAGGCCGCUGGGGAAAGACUCGGCACUGUUCACCAUCACUGGAGCUCUUAUUGAAAUCAACAUUACUGUCGAGGGUAAGGAGUGCAUGCUUCACGUGGAGAACGCAAAGGAACUGGAUCAUCUGUUGGGCAAAUGGAUGAGUCCAUCAGCACUGCAGAAAGCCAUGAAAGGAGCCGGCAUCAAUAUAUUUGUGAAUGAGUAUUCGGACCAGUAUGUCAGCAUCAACUCAAAGGACCCAUUAAUAGAACACACAGUGUAUGAACAAAUGGCCCUAAUGUGCCCAGCUGUGGCUUUUUCCUGGAGCCGCUGGAACUCCCAAUGUGGACAAGAGCAUCUUGUUCUUCAGGCAUGUGAGCAGUUGGAGGCGGGGCCUGUGGCAGAGGAAGCGUGGUCUCUAUAUCUGCUGGGUGCUCAAAGGAGUCAGCGUCUGAAGAUGAAGGAGCACAAUGAAAGUUUCUCUCCUGAGAUGGCCGAGGGCAGCGAGUUCCACUCCACAUUUCUGCACAUGCUCAGACAGGACACGAGUAUUGAAGGCCAAGAGAAAAUGCGGCAAUCUCACUAUCUUUACACAGAUGCUGUACAGAGGCUCCUGUGUGCAACACGCGUUCUUACAUACUCCUGAAAAGAGAAGGCACAGAGAUCCAGAGACACAAAAAGCAUACAAACAUGUAGAACAUCUACGAUAACAUUGUCAUAUACUGCAUUUAUGAUGACACCACAGUAACAAAGUAUUUUUUAAAAGAACGUCUGGAUUUAACAAUUGAGAUCUGUGAAACGU